CGGCAUUGGUAAAACUCGCCCACGCACUCGAAUUUCUCCGCAUACCAAAUGACCAACCAAACCACUUCCAUCGGCCAUUGAUCGCCACACGCCUCUCCUACAGCCCACCACCAAUCUUCUCGGUCAAAUCCAAACCCACGGCGCGUUUUUUGGAAGCACAUCGUUCUUGACGCGGUGAAUGGCGGUCUCAAGCGCAUUUUUAUCUACCAAACUGGUCGUCAGCAACGCCGUGGCUGCGACUCCUGCUUCAUUUGGGGUCUUCUGGAAGCCAUUUCCAACAGCAAGCGGCUGCUCGCUUCAUAGGGAUUCGUUGGAUUUGGGACUCCGUUGCCAGGUCUCGAAUGGCGUGGCUCAGUCUCAAAAUGUUUCAGAACCCUCAGCCUCCAGCCUCUCUGCUCUCGAGCUGCUCAAGACAUCUGCUGGUGACAGAUACACUAAGGAAAGAUGUAGUGUUGUUGUUAUUGGUCUCAGUAUCCACACCUCACCUGUUGAAAUGCGUGAAAAGCUAGCUAUUCCUGAAGCAGAGUGGUCUCGAGCCAUUGACGAGCUCUGUAAUUUGAAUCAUAUUGAAGAAGCUGCCAUUCUUAGUACCUGUAACAGGAUGGAGAUAUAUGUUGUUGCUCUUUCUCAGCAUCGGGGUGUAAAAGAAGUGACUGAAUGGAUGUCAAAGAAAAGUGGAGUCCCAGUCCCUGACAUUUGCAAGCACCGUUUCUUGCUUUACAACAAAGAUGCCACUCAGCACCUCUUUGAGGUAUCGGCCGGGCUGGACUCAUUGGUUUUGGGAGAAGGUCAAAUCCUUGCACAGGUGAAGCAAGUUGUCAAGGUUGGCCAGGGGGUGACCGGCUUUGGGAGGAAUAUCAGCGGACUGUUCAAACAUGCCAUCACUGUGGGAAAGAGAGUGAGAAGUGAAACAAACAUUGCCGCAGGUGCUGUUUCCGUUAGUUCAGCUGCUGUUGAGUUGGCAUUGAUGAAGCUUCCUGAAUCAUCACAAGCAAGUGCUAGGAUGUUGGUUAUUGGUGCAGGAAAGAUGGGGAAGCUGGUUAUCAAGCACUUGGUAGCCAAGGGCUGUACGAAAAUGGUGGUUGUUAAUAGAAGCGAGGCUAGAGUUGCUGCGAUCCAGGAGGAGAUGACAAAAGAUAUUGAGAUAACGUACAAGCCUCUAGAAGAGAUGUACGAUUGUGCCUCGGAUGCAGAUGUAGUCUUCACCAGCACUGCCUCAGAAACACCAUUGUUUCUCAAAGACCACGUGCUUGGUCUUCCACCGGUAAGCCCUAGUGUUGGGGGAUUAAGGCUAUUCGUUGACAUCUCGGUUCCCAGGAAUGUGGGUGCUUGUGUGGAUGAGCUGGAGACCUCACGGGUAUACAACGUGGACGACCUCAAGGAGGUUGUUGCUGCAAACAAGGAAGACCGCCUCCGAAAAGCAACGGAUGCCCAAGCAAUCAUUUCAGAAGAAUCACAACAGUUUGAAGCUUGGCGGGACUCACUGGAGACGGUCCCCACCAUCAAGAAGCUGCGAGCUUAUGCGGAAAGGAUCAGAGUGGCCGAGCUUGAGAAAUGCUUGUCGAAAAUGGGAGACGACGUCACAAAGAAGACGAGGAAGGCGAUAGAUGAUCUGAGCAGGGGAAUAGUAAACAAGAUUCUUCACGGUCCGAUGCAACACCUGAGGUGUGAUGGGACUGACAGCCGGACAUUGAGCGAGACCCUGGACAACAUGAACGCACUAAACAGGAUGUUCAACCUCGACAUUGAAAUGUCUGUGUUGGAACAGAAGAUAAGGGCUAAGGUAGAGCAAACACAGAAGUGAGGAAGAGGACCUGGUAGAGCAAAACACCCAAAGCCUGCAUUCAUUCUGUGUGUCGAUUAUUCUGCUGCACAAUAGAGACCGCAUGUUAUGUAUACAUUCUUGGUAUUUUGCUUUGCUUUAAGCCAUGCUUGUAAGGAUGAUUUGUUGGAGUUCCUAGCUGAAAUCAACUCGUGAAAAUUGUUCAUAGUGCAUAUAGCAUUGUAACUAAAGCACUGUUCAUGUUUUCCUAUUGAUCGGGGCAUGAUCUUUUUCAAUUGCGAAUCCAUAAUUAUUGACUGAUUUAAGCAACAAUCCU